AUGAGCGUGUUCACUUUAGACGCUGUAGUCGCUCGCUACUCCUCCCCCUCUACUGCUGCCCUCGGCCGACUCAUGCUGCCGUAUCUCUUUCCUGAGCUCACAGACUUCCACACAGUCGCUGAUCUCUUCACCCACCUUCGCGCUAGUGAGACUCGCUACCCCGCCGCUCUCAAGUCGGCCUUCCUCACUGCGAACCCCCCACCGUUUUAUAUCACGCUGUACUUUCUCGUCACUCGCCUCCCUGACUCCCUUCGUACCAUUAGGGGCCACUUUCUCACCCUUAACCCCACUGAGCUCACGCUUACCUCGCUGGAGAAGUACAUUCUCGAGGCUGAGACCAGUAUUGCGGCUGUCGCUGUCGCUCGUUGCACUCCCCACUCUUCCUUCUUUGAAGGGUGUGCUCCCUCCCCUCUCACACCCUCAGUUGCCUCUGCUGCUGCUGUUGACUUCCUUGGUGCUGAGGAGGUCGGCGCUGCGUCUGCUCCUAGUGGGAAGCGCCACAUCGGCAACGAUAGAGGGGGUAAGGGUGGUGGGAAUAGCACUAGUGGGGGUGGUAGCGGGGGUGGUGGUGGUGGUGGUGGAGGCGGGGGUGGAGGGGGUGGUGGUGGUGGCAGCGGUGGAGGUGGCGGGGGUGGCAGAGGAGGUGGGGUGGGUGGAGGGGGCUCGGGUGGUGGUCGAGGUGGAGCUGGCAGGGGUGGAGGCUACGGGAAUUCAACUAGUGGCAGCGGAGGCUUUGGGGGUGCGCAACAGCAGCUGCCGUGUCUCCCGGACACACCCACACCUCAGCAGCUUCGUGAGUGGGUUGUCCAAUGUAAUUCCCCUGCGUGUCCUGUUCGUUGCCCGUACAUCCGGAAGACAGGUCUCAAGAAGGGUGAGGCCUGCGGGAAGACUGGGCAUACUGAGUACCGGUGCUUCUUCCAUCUUGAGGAUGCCUGGCGCGCUGAGUAUGGUGAUGAGUAG